AUGGCCACUGUGGAUGCAAUAGAUCGCCAAUUCACGAACGUCUUCAACGCUGCUGUUGAGCUCCGCGAACAAGAGCAAUUCGAUGAGUGUACCGAGGUCUUGCGCAAAAUGCUCGCCGAUCACGCUAUUCCUAGAUACCACCGUAUGAGAUGUCUCACAAUGCUUGCAUGCACUUUAGAAGACUGGCAUGAGGCAUACACCUGUUACGUCAAGGGUGAAACCAUAUGGCGUAUCACGAAGCACUGGCAUCGUAACGGCACAAACCCGACCGUGAACAGGGCCCUGGAUGAACUUCAUGAGACUUUGGAAGAAGUAAAGCAAGGUUUACUCGAAGACGACAUACGACCUGAGGACACACCAGUUCCGGAUGUUGAGGCCGAUGUGCUUCGUGCGAUAGCAGUAUACACUGCUGGAGUGUGGCAAGAUUAUGAGAUUGCGGAGGCAGGAGGAGAGGAGGAGUCAGAGGAAGAGAUAAGCGACGAAGAGGAAGUGGACGAUGAAGAUGAAGUGGGCGACAAGGGACCGAAAGUCAAGGUCGAGCAGAAAGCGAGCGAAAAAGAGGAGAGUGAUGCACAGAAGGCUAGCAAAAAGGAGACAGCGGUACCGGAUCAAAAGCCAAAGGACGAGAUGGUAUGUCUGAAAGCUGCUGCUACUGAAGGGGUUAUGUUGACAUCGCGCAGGUGCUACCGUACCGUCCGGCGUACAUACGCUGACCCAAUUUGGGAAGAGACAGGGAAAUCAUGUCAGAGAAGUCCUGGAGGCCAUUUGCUUGAUCAAGCACCCAGGUUCGAGUCUACAAUGGACACAGACCAGAAUGGACUGGACAAUCCAGCACCUUUGUCGGCGUCUGGGGUAUCGAUUCGUACAUACAUUCUCUUUAAGAUCUCUCUGUAG